AUGCCGGAGCCAAGGUGGGUGAUAUCAAUGGGAAGCUGUGCGAAUGGAGGUGGAUACUAUCACUACUCCUACUCAGUGGUUCGAGGCUGUGACAGAAUUGUGCCGGUCGACAUUUACGUCCCUGGGUGCCCUCCAACCGCAGAGGCUUUGCUCUAUGGACUCCUCCAGCUUCAGAAGAAAAUCAACAGGCGCAAGGAUUUCUUGCAUUGGUGGAACAAGUGA